AUGCCAGAAUGGAUACCUGGAGAUUUAGAUGAAAUCCUUCCUCUAGAACCAAAGAAGAUUAGUUAUGAGAAAAGAGGUCAUCCUCCAGAUGUUGAUGUGUGGCAACUCUGUCCACACACUAUGGCUCAAGCUGAUUGCUUUUAUACAUAUCUGAAAGUGUAUGCAAGACUAAGGAAGGGAGCUCGGGAGAUAGACCCUGUGCAUAUGAGAAAUAUCGGCAAGCGAUCCUCUAUAGAUGACCAAGUCCAUUCUUUGUCAGAAGUGAGAAGCGAUCGUCCUUCUGUUCGACGUGAUUUGCCUUCAGUUGGACUCGAUAUGCCUUCAGUUGAACGCGGUUUGUCAACAGUGAAACCCGACCAAAUAACAAUUAACUGCCCGAAUUCAAUGGAAAGUGUGGACUGUUUGUAUAGAACUGUGUUAUUUGCCCAGAAUAUUUUACGAGUGUAUAAAAAUAGAAAAUCAUGA